AUGGCAGCUAAUGUGAAAAAGACCAAAGACAUGGUGGUCAGCUGUCGUAAGGAGGCAGUGAACCCCCCUCCACUUACUUUGAACGGGGAGAACGUAGAGCGUGUGCGGAGGUUCAAACUCCUUGGAGUGAUAGUCAGCGACGACUUGUCCUGGGGCCCGCACAUUGAGUACAUGUUGUCGAAAGUCAGCCCCAGGAUUCACUACUUGCGACUGUCCAAACGAGCCGGGCUUCCAGCAGACGUACUUCUCCAGAUCUACAAGACAUUCAUCCGCCCAGUACUGGAGUACGGCUCACCGGUGUGGGGAGGUCUACCCCGCGGUCUGGCUGAAGAGCUGGAGAAAGUCCAGAGGUCCUGUUGCAGGAUCAUCGGUAUACCCUACGAACAGCUACCUACCUUGGAGUCCCGGAGACGGGAUGCGACUGUACGUGAACUGAGAAGAGUGGUGGCUGACGCCACUCACCCUUGCCAGGAGUUCCUGCAGCCGGCUACAGAGUGUCAGUACCAGCUACGACGGGCUCCCCGUUUUAAGCUGCCACUGAGCCGGUCCAACAGACAUUCGCAAUCGUUUAUCCCCAGGGCCCUUGCUCUGUUGAAUGACAAUUAA